UGAUCCAUUAUGAAGACUCGCUCCGCGUCCUACAUAAGCCUUUGGUCAGUGGGCAAUAGCUGUUGACUGUGUGUGUACAUUUAGUUUGGAAAAGCUUAAUUGGGUUUUGGUGCCAUUGACUUGAUACAUCAAUUAAGUUUACAACAGGUUGGGUUGUCCAAAAGCACGAUGAUGUGACAUGAACCCCUCUAUCAAAGUUCUGUAUUCUUCUACCCCAUGGUCUGCUGGGGACAGAGCUGGACUCUACCAAAGCUUAUUUAUGCUGCUUAAUUCAACCUAGCCAUCAGAGACGCUGCUUUGGAGGACGAUGCAUUGUACAAGAAGGAAGCGGCUCCAGCUGAGCCGGGUUCUGUUUCUCCUCUCCGGGGUUUUCCUUUGCACCCUCUAUCAGCUCACCAUCAGUGCCAGACUGCAACAACCCAUGUCAGUGGCUCAGAUCGGAGAUGAUUUUGGAGAGGGUUCGACAGAGGGUGUAGAGGAGGCCCCGGCAGAAACUGGAGGGUUGGAGGAACCUUUUACUGUUGAACCUGAAUUAGAGCGUACAGAUCAAACAACAUCAACCCAUGUGAUUCCUCAUACUGACAAGGGUAUCAUUAAAAAUACAGAUACUGAUGCAACUAAGCCACCCACUUCCUCAGAAUCCCCACUAUUACCAACCACAAACCGGACUAUUGUGCAUUGCAUCUAUGUGGCCCCUGAACCUCCUUUGGUGACACCAACACCUGUUCCAGCUCCACCAACUACAACCGCCUCCCCAGCUCCACCUGGUGAAGCUCCUCAUGUUAAAGGGGAAUACCCUGAAGAUAUCUUCUCUAUCGAAGAGCGCAGACGAGGAUGGGUGAUCCUUCACAUUUUAGGGAUGAUGUACAUGUUUGUCUCCCUCGCGAUUGUCUGUGAUGAGUUCUUUGUGCCUGCACUGGGGGUAAUCACAGACAAGCUCGCCAUCUCUGAUGAUGUAGCAGGAGCCACCUUCAUGGCUGCCGGAGGCUCUGCACCUGAACUAUUCACCUCCUUGAUAGGAGUCUUCAUCGCCCAUAGCAACAUUGGAAUCGGCACAAUUGUCGGCUCAGCAGUUUUUAACAUUUUGUUCGUAAUUGGGAUGUGCGCUUUGUUUUCUCGAGAGAUUCUCCACCUAACCUGGUGGCCCCUUUUCAGAGACGUCUCAUUUUACAUACUCGACCUCAUCUUACUGAUCAUCUUCUUCUUGGACAAUGUGAUAAUGUGGUGGGAGAGCAUGAUGCUGGUGGCAUGUUACAGUCUCUAUGUUGUCUUCAUGAAAUUCAACGUACAAUUAGAGCGAGAAUUCAAGACCCAACUCCACAAACACAAGAGCAUUGUGAAGGUUAUUGCUGUGGAGGAACCUGAGAAGACAAAUGGGGAAGGUGAAGAUAAUGCCCCUCCUGCUCCAGAGGACAAGAAUCGGUUAAAGCUGAAGCCAUCCCUUCAGCGAGGGGGAAGUUCUGCUUCUUUACACAACAGCACCAUGCGAAACACCAUCUUCCAGCUCAUGAUUCACACAUUAGACCCUCUGGGAGAUGGAAAAUUUAAGGAUAAGGUUGAGACGCUGAACAAUGUGGCUAGACGGAAGUCAGUGUCCAAACCCCAAGACAAAAGUGAAGCUAAAGGUGGGACAAUUGAAGAGACCAAAGAGCCAGAGGCUGCCCCAGCCAAAGAUGCGGAAAAGAAGGAGCAGCCAGAAGAAAAGAAGGAUGACGUGCCAGCAGAACAAGGUGGAUCCGAAGACUCAGACAAUUCUGACAGUGAGGAAGAUGACAGCGAGGAAGAUGACAGCGAAGAGGAGAGCGAAGAGUCUAGUGAAGAGGAGGACAAGGAGGAGGAUAAAGAGGAGGAAGAGGGGGAAAAAGAAGAUGACCCUCUAUCUUUACAGUGGCCUGACACACCUCGAAAACAAGCCACCUACCUCUUCUUGUUGCCCAUAGUCUUCCCUCUGUGGCUCACAGUUCCUGAUGUUCGGAACCAGAAAUCCAGAAAAUUCUUUGUAUUCACCUUUCUGGGCUCCAUUAUGUGGAUUGCUAUCUUCUCCUACCUCAUGGUGUGGUGGGCCCAUCAGGUGGGAGAAACCAUCGGCAUCUCGGAGGAGAUUAUGGGCCUGACAAUCCUGGCAGCAGGAACCUCCAUCCCAGACCUCAUCACUAGUGUGAUUGUGGCCCGUAAAGGCCUAGGAGACAUGGCAGUGUCCAGCUCUGUAGGCAGUAACAUCUUUGACAUCACUAUGGGCCUACCCAUCCCAUGGCUCAUGUACUCUUUCAUCCAUGGCUUAGCUCCAGUGGCUGUCAGCAGCAACGGGCUUUUCUGUGCCAUCGUGCUGCUCUUCCUCAUGCUCCUCUUUGUCAUCAUCUCCAUCGCAGCCUGUAAAUGGAAGAUGAAUAAGGUGCUGGGUUUCACCAUGUUUCUCCUCUACUUUAUCUUCCUGGUGCUGAGUGUUAUGCUGGAAGAUCGGAUCAUCAUCUGCCCUGUUUCCAUCUGAGACUGCAAACACAAGCCUUUCUCACAACAAACACUUUCCCAUUGAGGGGGGAAGUAAAUAUUGCUCUUAAAACAAAGCAAACACAAAUUAAAACUUCCUUUAAAAAAAAGCAAAUUAAAACUCAGGGAAACUAAUUUUGGAAUUGAUAUACUUUGAUAUACUUUUAACAACUGUAAAAGUACGGCAUUAGUUUAAAAAUACCUUUAAAGCUCUGUCCCAGUUUUUCCAUUUUCAAAGACUUUCCUUUGGACUUUGAAUAUGUUUUAAAGAACAUGGGAUUUCAUCUCAGGGCUCUUCCAAAGGAAGACUGUUUCUUUUGGUGAAAUUUUAGGUGUGAGCCAAUAUAUAUAAUAAUCUUAAGUUUUUUUGUGAAAUUUUCAGAGUAUAGCCAUCCUUACCCUUGUUUUUUUUCUAAAAUGCAUAGAGAGCUCUUUAGAUCUUGAUUUUGUGGAAGCACUGACUUUGGUAGCGAAGAGGAAUCAAGGUUUUAUAAAUGACAAAACGGUAAAUUAUCUGUACUUAUAUAGCGCUUUAUCAUGUCUGAAGACCCCAAUGCCCUUUACACUACAUUCAUUGCACACAGUCUGAAGCACUCGUUUUAAACUGUAUGGAUUAUGGGGUGUGAUUAUUACAUGGUUGUAUCUACAUGGCAAGUUAAUUAUCUGCUUUUUAAUAAAGUUGUUAAAGUUAUUUUUGCUAUUU